CGCAAAACUUUUCAUAAAUCGCAUCAAAUGUCUGCAGAUUAAGUGACAAUUGAUGGCUAAUUGUAUGGCUUUGUAUGAGAUAAUAGCUGUUGAUAAGGACACCACCGAUGAUGGUGUGGCUGAUGGCCAGUGCGGUGAUAGCGAGCGCCAGAAGCAGACACUCGUCGGACACAUCUUCAGCAAAGAAAGUGAUGGUAAAUAUGUUUAUGUCAUCCAAUUUGAUGACACCCUCGACGCCAACCAAUCGAUGCAUAACUGUCUUAUUCGCGCCAUCACUCACACCACCGAUGAGACACUUUCCAAGCGAUUGAACGAUUUGGAUGUCAAUCACUUCUUACAGCUCUUCAAUGAGUCCAAUGAGUCCACUGACCAACAGAUCCAACACAUGACUAACGGCGAGACAAUCACUGAUGGAAAGCAGUUAUCACACGAACCACAAGAAGAUGCGCUUAAUUUAGACGACAAUUGUAUGACAAGAGCUGAAGAAUCUCAAGACAUGGACACGAAUGAAGAUUGCAUUUGCAUGAGUGAUGAGACCUCUGAAGUGGACUGCAAGUCGUGCUCCUCAUCCCUGUCCACUGAACCAGACCUGCCAUUCAUCUGUCUGUGGCCUCAAUGUGACCACAGAUUCUCCACAAACCAGUCGCUCGCCAUUCAUAUGCGCAGACAUACCGGUGAGCGACCCUUCCUAUGCCAAUGGCCGCACUGUGGACUCAGUUUUGCGCAGAAAAUCACUCUUAAACACCACACCAGAAAGCAUAUCAAAGAAAAUGUGUGCGAUUUCGGUGCGAAGAGGAAGAGGAAUACGAAUCACAUGCAAAGCCACCGAAAGAUGAUUAAGACGGAUGUCUCCAUACAAAUGGCCGAACAAUUGGUGGAUCAGAUGAAAGAGGCGGCACUUGAGGACAUUGAGUUGAAUAAGUGUGGAAUGCCUUCGACCAGAAAACUGAAACUCUUGCCAUCAGUUGUGUCGCAACUGUUAAGACGUGAAUGGCGUGAAGUCUUUAUCGAAGCGGGAGUUCUGGAUGUGAUAAGCGAGUGGUUGAGUCCACUGCCAGAUGGAAGUCUACCCUUCUAUGAGAUUCGCAAUCAUUUGUUUAUUAUUCUCCAGAAAUUUGAUUUACACGACACGGAACUCAUCAGAAGCAGUCGUAUCGACCAAAUGGUCCGCCAUUUGUCUGAACACCCGAUGGAGAACAAGAAGAAUAAGAGAUUGGCCUUAGAGCUAAUGAAUUGCAGUUGGUUUCCAUCACCACUGGAUUCAGACAUCAAUGAUAAUCCACUAAUUUGUGACAAAAUCUAG